GAAAGGUGGGGUUGCCAUUCCAUUGAUCAGUAAAGAUGCCUGCAGGACUCUGUAUAGAUUUGCAACUGCCUUAACAAACGAACCUUCUAUUCCCAUCUUUCCUAAGGAGAUGAUUUCACAAGAUGCUCAGGAACCGCCCACCUCUUCUAGUUCCUCUGGAUCUUUUGAAGUUCUGGAUCUUUUGGCAGCAUAUGAUGCAGUGAUUCCACACUGGUUUUACAGGAAUUUCCAGGACAUCUGGUUCCCUUUUAGUAAUGAAGACUCAAGGAAACUGGAAGAAGCUUUCUGCUCAGGACGCAAUCCACAAAACAUUGUGAUCCCAACCUGUGGUGGCCGAUAUGAUGUGCUAUUGGGCAAACGGAAACGACAAGCUAUUUACUGGGAAGAGGCUGAAUCUGAAGUCCAGAGAUGCACUUGGUUUUAUAAGCAAGAGAAGGACAAUCAGUAUGUCCCUUAUCCGGAAGACUUCAGCCAGUUGUUAGAAGAUGCAUACAUGCUGGCAGUUACCAGGAAUGAGUGGAAGAAAAAAAUUGAAUCUCCAUUCAGGGAUAUAAUUAUACUUCAUAACCCAAAACGUAUGGUUCACUACCAGCCAGCAGGAAGCCCUGAUGAUUGGGGAGCAACACCCAGUGAACAAGGACGACCUCUUACAGUGAAAAGAGGGGUUGACAACAUAUCUGUGAAUAUACCUAAAGGGGAACCAACUCAGAUUGAUCACUUGGUGUUCAUGGUGCAUGGUAUUGGUCCUGCCAGUGAUCUCCACUUCAGAUCUAUUGUGCAGUGUGUGAAUGAUUUUCGAUUUGAGUCCCUUAAUCUCCUACAUGUUCAUUUCAAAAAAGCUGUGGAGCAGAAACAGAUUGGUCGUGUAGAGUUUCUCCCUGUGAACUGGCAUAGUGUUCUACAUGCUAGUGUUGACAGUGACAUCCAAAGAAUUACAUUACCCAGCAUCAGCCGUCUCCGUCACUUCACCAACGAAACACUGCUGGAUUUAUUUUUCUACAACAGUCCUACAUACUGCCAGACAAUCAUCAAUACAGUGUGCAGUGAGAUGAACCGUAUUUAUUGUGUGUUCCUGGAGAGAAACCCUACAUUUAGUGGGAGUGUCUCCGUUUCUGGACAUAGUCUUGGUUCCCUUAUUCUAUUUGAUCUUCUCACUAAUCAAACUGACCCCUCACUUAGCUGCAAUAUCAAAAUCAAGACAUCAGAAAAUGAAAAUGAUUUACAAGAUAACAAGCACACCCUGCUUAAUGUUCUGCGGGAGCUGGAUCUCACAGAUUUUCUCAGUGUUUUUGAACAAGAGAGGAUGGAUAUUGAAGCACUGGCUCUUUGCUCAGAUCAAGACCUUAAAGAUUUGGGAAUUCCAUUAGGCCCACGAAAGAAAAUUCUACAACGUAUAAAACAAGAAAGAGCAUCAAAGGACACCAAAAACUUGACUGAAGUAAAAGAAAAUUUGCAACACAGAGAACCCACUUUUACACAAGUCAAUAUGCCCACUGAAGUGAAAUAUGAAAACUUUAAUGUUGGAAUAGGACAGGUUUCUGUCAUUUAUCCACAGCUCAGUUUUCUUCCUCAAAUCUUCUUUGCCUUGGGGUCACCAAUUGGGAUGUUCUUAACAGUGCGAGGCUUGAAGAGACUUGAUCCUCAAUAUCAGUUUCCAACUUGUAAACGCUUCUUCAACAUUUAUCAUCCAUUUGAUCCAGUUGCAUUCAGGAUUGAACCAUUGGUGUUUAAAGACGAACCCUUUGAGCCAAUGCUGAUUCCUCAUCAUAAAGGAAGAAAAAGGAUGCAUUUAGAACUGAAGGAAGGCCUAUCACGUAUGGGCACAGAUAUCCUAGGAUCUUUCCGGACAGCAUGGCAAACCUUUACCCGCCCUUCUUUUCCAUCUCUACCUCCUCCCACUGCAGAGGCUGCUGCGCCUUCAUGUGCCGAACUUCCUCUAAAUAUAGAGAAAGAAGCUGAACCAGAAGCAGAAUUGGGCGAUGAACAGACUAGCCAAGCAAAAGAUCCCUCAGAGAUCAAUGUUGGGAUGCUAAAUGGAGGACAACGAUUUGAUUAUGUUCUUCAGGAAAAACCCAUUGAGAGUUUUAAUGAGUACCUGUUUGCACUGCAGAGCCACCUCUGUUACUGGACAUCUGAAGACACAUCACUGUUGUUCCUAAAAGAGAUUUAUCAAAUGUUGGGAGUCGACAUGGAUCAGCCACUGCCAUAACGUCUCUCAAAACAGCCUUUCAGUGGAGAUUUUAAAAAGGGAUUUUUACAAACCAUUUCAGUCAUGUGAGACUAUUUCCAGCAACAGUUCAACUGUCAUGAUGAAGUACAUUCAGUGACCAAAAUGUUAAAAAUAUCUGAAGCAAUAUAUUUUUUUGUUCAUGUUAAAAAUAGAGCUAUUUUAAUUGAUUUAUAUUAUAUUAUUAUAAUUGCUGGUAAGACUAGUUCUUAAAACAAUUUGACUCUAAUAUGUGUAAACUUAAAGUGAUGGUAAAGUUGGGCUGUGUGGAAUAGGUAGUUAUCUUAAUUACAAUAUAUAUAAUAAAAUCGCUGUUUAUUUAAUUUUCAAUCUAUUCCUAAAUAUUUAAAUUUGGUAUACAGUAUUAGUUGUAGCUCCUUACCACUCCUUCCUCCACCCCUUUCAAUUUCCAAGUUCUGGGACGUAGAGAGUGAUCCCACCCGCUUUCUACGUAGGCAUCCAAGCUCCCUCUUGAGAUUAGCAGUGGUGCGCAUGUGCAAUUCACUUCUAUAUGCUCCGUCACGGAGUGAGGUAUCAGAAGAAAAAUGAAGAGCAUGCGCAAUGGAUCAAAGGGGCGUUUUGUGUGGGGAGUUGGCCACCUAAAGGCCAGAAAAUCAAUUGGGCAGAUGAGGAACGUCACUUAAAAAAAAAAUGAGUAUAUCGACUCCGGGAUAAAAACUUUUAUUUUAAAAUAUAAAAACAAAUUAUGAAUUAAAGUGGGGUUUUAUUUUAAUACUAUUUACAUGGAUAUGUUCCAUACCCAUCGAGUGUACCAUCACUUUAAUAUUACAGAGUAAACUCAUAAGUAUACAUGUAUGGUUGAGGAGCCUAAAUGUUAAAGGGACAUUCCGGUCAAAAUUUAAAUGCAUAUAGAUUAAUUACAUCUUUGAAUAGAAACAUAUUUGCAAUAUAAAUAUACUAGCUAAACUGCUUCUAGUAAAACGUAUUAUUUUAGUGUUAACAUUUUUCUCUGCACGUGCAUGUGAAGCAUAGCUAGAUAUUCUCAGUGCACCAGCAUUUUUAAUACUGCAGCUGUUCAGAGCACCAGUAGGGUUUGUAUCAUGUGAGUAAUCAACAAAUUGAGUCAUUACUAGAUGGUACAAGCACCUUAGACUCUCUUAUGGGGAUUCCAAUUUCGGUUUGAAUGUCCCUUUAAUAUCAUGAUGUGCAACCUUUUUAUUUAUUUUCAUCAUAAGCAGGUUUGUUGUAGCAAUUUUGUUGGAUUCUAGGUCAUGUGCAAAAGAUAAAAUAAUAAAACAAGAUAACGUGAAA